AUGUUUAAAUUUAUUGUAAUCGCUGCUAUUUCCUUAACAAUUGUAAAUGCUGGAAAUAUUGGACUAGUUGGUACAGCAUAUUCAGAUGCAUCUGCUGUUAGUUCUGUAUACAAUUCUAUAGGACAUCAUAACAAUAUUGAACAUCAUAAUCAACAUGAAACUUAUAUUGCUAAACAACCUGUUGCUGUUGCAUUACCAGUACAUUCAGCACCAGCUUUACAGGUACAUUCAGUACCAGCACUUCAAUUACAUUCAGCUCCAAAACUUCAAGUUCAUUCAGCUCCAACACUUCAAGUUCAUUCAGCACCAGCUGUUCAAGUACAUUCAGCGCCAGCUCUAAAAAUACAACAUUCAAUUCCGACACCAGUACAAGUUCAUUCAACAAUUCAUUCAGCACCUGCUCUUUCAGUUCAUUCAGUAGCAGCACAACCAACAUUAAAAUUACAGCAUUCUGCUGUUCCAUCUGUACAAGUACAUUCUCAUGUUCCAGUUUUGAAUUUACAUUCUGCUCCAUUAUUAAAAUUACAAGCACCACCAGCCACUGCUUUCGUUCAACAUUCAAUUCCAUCUGUUGCUGUUCAUUCAACAGCUCCAUCAUCAUCAUCGUCUAUUAUUAAAGUCCAAAAUACAGUUCCAGCUGUUAAAUUACAUUCUGCACAACAUUUAAACACUGGUACAUAUUCAUAUGAUGCAGCACAUAAUCCAUCAGCAGCUGCUGUUGUUUAUUCAAAUAAUAAAUUACCAGUAGCUUAUGCAACCAAAGAAAUUAGUUAUUCAUUAGCUCCAGAAGUUUCUCAUGUAUCAUUUGAAGGUCAUGGUACCCAGUAUGCAUGGUAA